GAGGGGAAUUAGACAAGCGCUCACCCAUUUAUUCCAGCCUGACCGACGGACAGCAUGCCAAACGCAGACUCCAGCGGAAGAGUUUGAAAACUGGAGUGAGACGUUCACACCUGCAGCACCCCCGGGCAGGACCGGGCAUCGUCCGCAUCUCAGAUCGGUGGAGGAGGAACCGACUCCCACUCGUUUAAUGGGCCCCAAGCCUCGAGAUUCCCCCGGGAUGGCGUGUAGUGCGUGUUACUACCUGGUUAUCAGCUCCACUCACCUGAGCAAUGGACACUUUCGGCGAGUCAAGGGUGUCUUCAGAGGACCACUCUGCCCAACUGGAAGCAGUGACUCACCGGAGUGCACGGAGAGGGCUUUGGGUUGCUCCGUCGAGGAUCUGAAAUCGCUUUUCUACUGCGAACUGUGUGACAAGCAGUACCUCCGUCAUCAGGAGUUUGACAACCACAUCAACUCCUACGACCAUGCGCACAAGCAGAGGUUAAAGGAACUGCAGCACAGAGAGUUUGUUCGCAACGUGGCCUCAAAAUCAUGGAAGGACCAGCGCAAACAGGAGAAGGCUCUCAGGCGUCUUCACCAACUCGCACAGCUGCAGCAAGAAAGCCAGCGAGUUCCAAGAAGGACUUAUGGGUUAAGGCGUGCAGUUAAAUCUGUUAGUGAGAUGGAAGAAAAAGAUGUGGACCAAAGAAGUUGCAGCUCAGAGGACAAAUCUAAAGCCUGUGACCAACUCCAGCAAAUCACUACUACAGACUCCAGGACUUUCAGCCAUCAGUCUGAUGAUUCUUGCCAAUCUCUUUCACAAAUAUCUUUAGCCACAGCUCUACGAGAGUCUCCACUGAUCCAUUCACCAUCUCACACAGACUCUCCAGCAUUGCAUCCACAAUCUUGCCACAGCUUUUGCCCCCAACUGCCUUCCCCUACACCAGGGCAGGUGGGAAGCAGGCUCGGAGUGUCCUUCUGUUUCUCUCGGAGAGGGCCCAGACUAGAGCCUUCUGCCUCCGUCUUUUCCGACCAGGAGGAGGAGGAAAGAGAGAAAAGAAAUCAGAUGAAGGAAAGAGUAAAGGCUAUAAUGGAAGAUAUCGGCAGGGAACUAGGGGAAGCAGUUGAAAGUGAAAAGGACAAGUCCAGCUCUGACAGUGUCUUGCUAAGGGACACGCAGCCAAUCCCCGGAGAGCUUGCCAGAAAAGAGGAACAGAUGGAAUGUUUUCCUAUUUCUGCUGCAGCCAGUGAUAAUCACAGCCAGGACUUAUUAGACUCACAGUCGCAGACCUCAAUGACCGUAUGUGGCACUGCACUGGCAGUGUCUCACGUGGACACCAAACAGAAAGACAGAGUUGCAGAAAGACACCAAGAGACACUGAGAAAGAGGAAGGGAGGUGAUUUUCUAUACGUGCAAGGCAAAGACAGUUCAACCCGACUGAGAUGGCCUGUCAGUUUGCUUAAAUUUACCAAGACUCAACCACAAAUCUCCUACAGCUGCAAGCCGCUCUGCACAAAUCUUCGACCUGCAGAAAGACUCAGUGAAGAUCUGCAAGAGUCGCAACAAAAACUGUUGUGUGUUCUUUCAGGUGAAUUAAAUCCAUUUGUGCCAUCUGUUCAUACAGCAGAUGCACAUUCCUGUUUGCAAGGACAAGAAAGACAUGAGAUUAGAACACAUAGACAGGGAAAAAAUGAGCAACAUAUCAAUGUAGAGACAGAAGCACAUCUGCUCCUUGAAAACAAAAACCUUCCAUCACCUGAAACAGAAUCAGACAAAGGAAGGUGCAUGCUAAGUGAGGAAAAUUGCGAGGGGGUAGCCCCCCAUCCAUUUGACCCUACUCAGAGUGACAGCUCUGACACAAACUCACAGAAUCCUCCGGGAGGCAGAUUAGAGGGUGCAGGAGGGAUCAGGAAGAGAGCCAUCACAACCCUGAGCUGUAAAUUAGAGUCUGUCACCCACCCUGGCACACAAGGGAUGUGCAUCAGCCCGUCCAGGUGUGAAUGUGGGAGUGAGACAAUACACAAGUCUGCCAGAGCACCAGAGUCGCAUGUGGGUGUCCCAAAAGUGUCACCCAGAAAGAGGAAGACCAACACAAAGAAACACAAACUGGUAAAGAAAAAGAAGAAGGAUAACAAAGAAAGGUCAUCAAACAACCACCAAUUAGCAAAGUGCAAAGUAAGGAGUGUUGUCUCUGCAGUUUGCAGAGCAGUAGACACUGAAGAGACAUGGGCAAAGAAAAGGAAGCAAAGAAAGAAAAGGGUGAGGAGGGUGGCUGGUGCAGGCAGCGACUGUCUCCUGGGGAGAUGUGUGGCAGAGCCAGUAUCUGUCUCUGUCAGAAAGAGGAGGUCUCAUAGGAGCCGCUGUGGUAAAUUCAAGUCAGAGCUGGACACUGAGCAGAGAGAACCAUACAGCGUCUUCAACAGGCUCACAGACACAGUAGGGGAGAGAGAGCGAGCAGGAGAUACAGCCGCUUUUCCCUGGCGGUCCCACUUCUCCUUUCGUUCCUUCUCGCCGGGAUGCAACUCAACACCGUUUUGGGAAAGGGGUCACCAUGGCAACCCCAGGAGUUUCAUUGACUUCUGUUACCCUGACAACAGCUGUGGUAGCGGCCCGAUGAAAAAGAGAAAACUCUUCCACAGGGACAGAGAAUUCAUUCAUGGUGAGAGCAGGAAAUCAGGGAGGCGCUCAGGCUGCAGAGACAGAGGUCUGACUUCAGACCCCCAACAGAGGGAGUGGACAAGAGGUGCUUCUGCUGGAGGCAGUCAGGAGGGCAGGUUAAGGACUGGAUGGAGCCCAAAAAAUAAAUCAGCUGAGUGGGAUAAUGAGAGAAGGCUUAACCCAAGUCCUAGCUGCUGGAGCAAGAGACAUGAGAAGCCAGAGGAUGUAGACUGGGACAGGAGCAGCACCGACAGGUGGACUUUUGGCAACAGUGAUAGCUGGGAAGACAGGGAAACAAGCAGGUCCAUUUCAUGCACCAAGUCAAUUUGUGACAACAGAGACAGCCCAUGUAGCACAUGGAGGUGUGCAGGCUCCAGGCGGUCAAGUUCAAGGCACCUCUCAAGCCCUGAGUGGUGGGCAAGCCAACAUCCAUCCAGCUGCCAGAUUGCAAUAGGUGCACAGGGCAGUAGAUGCCAUAGCCCACGUUCCUGCAGCCCCUGUAGCAGUACCAGCUUGUCAGAGCUAAGCUGUGAGUGGAGCAAAAGCAGUACCUGCUCAGGAAUCACUGUAGAUAGGUUGUCUGUCAGCUCAUGCAAAUCAUUGUCAAUGUUUGCAGAUACCUCCCUGGAGACAAGGAAGCACAGCAACCCCACAUUCACUCCCUCCAUGUUGUCAGUUUCCCAGUCAUUCCCCCAGAUAUCACGUCUAAAAGGGCCAAACCUCAAUUGUGACAGAAAUCCCUUACUGCUAAAGGAGACAAGUUCGCAGCUAGACCACUUACCCUCUGCAUCCGAUGCAACUAGCAUCUCAGACACAGCUUCUCCAGAGUUACAUCCUAGUAAAACUCUGCCACAGGCAGGGUUCAAGACAUUGAAUUUACCUCUCAUUGGAAAACUUCCUGCAAUCCAAAGAAAGGCAAAGGAAAAAAAGGAUCUGCUGGAGAGGAGUCUGGAAAAGAAGAGAGAGGAGGAAGCUAAGAUCCACGAGGCCCUUGAAACAGAGGGUGUCAGUUCAAUAUGUCCUCUGAAAACUGCUGAGUCAAAUCCCAGCAGUAUCCAAAAUCUCUGUCUGCAGGAGAUUAGGACAGAUGACAAACAGACAGGUGUAGAGACCACUACACCAAUCAGCUUUUCAGCAGAGGAGAUGGACAAAUAUCGUGUCCUCCAGGAGCAAGCAAGAGAGCACAUGCAGAAAGUCCUGGAAAAGAUACAGGAAAGUCCAGAUAUUCACACACAGACAAGCUACACACAUGUCACACGGACAGAGAGUUGUUUUAUUUCACAAGAACAAUACAAACCUGUCCCCCUGCACAGCCUGAUGGAGCCUCAGUUGAUUCAUCCAGAUUUGUUGCAAAGACAAGUUCAGCACUCAUUCCAUGUCAGUCUCCCACUCACACAGGAGAGCUUUACACACCCUGUGGCUCUGGGCGUUCCGAACCCCAAUCCACUUCCACCUUCCCCUGCUCUCUCCAAUCUUCACCAUAUCAUUUUACAACACACAGCUCUCUCUGUGGACCCCAAUGUAGCCUCAACUUCUAGCACAUCCACUUCUCUUCACCAACAUUCUUCCCCACGCUGUCCUUCCCUUCCUCAUCCUCUUCACUUUACUCCUUUCCCCAUCACUUCCCUGCUUCCCUCAAUCUUGUUUUCCCAUCAUCCCAUUCCCCUCCUCUCACAUGCCCCAGCUUUCCACACAUCCCCUCUCACUCCACUAUCCCCAGUAUCCCUGCAACCCUUGAACUCGCGGCCUUUCAUAGACCAAUCAUGGUCAAUGCCUUUUCAACAGAAGGCAAUAUGAAUUUCAGAUUUGCUGCCAUGGUUAUUAAUCUCUCCUGGCAGCAAGAGGACAAGGGGGAAUGCUUAAAGAAAAGUCUGAAAUAUUUUUUAUUUCAAAUUAGGCAUUUGUUAUUGGUUUCCUCGUAUCAGCGCCAACUCUUACUCACAUACGCCUUCACAGACACACUUCUAUGUGUGCAUAUACACCACAAGUAUUGACUGAUUUCAAAUGAAAAUUUGUUUCUCCGGUUAGCCUCUGCUCUGCUGCUGCUGCAAGUAGGAAAAAAACAGACUUUGAUUCUGUGCUUUGACCAUCAUUUCUCAUUCAGGCCCAGAAUAAAAGGAAAAGGUACACCUGCUAUUCAAAGACAAGCUGGGCUUGUGUCAUCCUCUCUUUUUCCUCCAGAGCUACAGGCAGACCAGCUGCCUUUUGAAGUACCCUUCAAUCCAGGGACAGGGUAACAAGAGAAAGUGAUAAUACUCCCUGCUUAUCUCCAUUUCAUACAGGUUAUCUGGGUUAGGCUGUGACUUUCAACAAACAGAUAACAUACCAAGGACCAGAGGGGGACGUGGCACGGCUAUUUUAACCUUAUGUGAGCUCUCUGUGAGAUAGGAGUAAUCCUGUCCUAAGACAAAUUUACAUCAUGAAGGACACAGAUUUAUAUAUUUGAAAUCAUUAAAAUAAAAUAUGUUUAUACAUUAAUUAAUCCACACUUAAUGCUAAUAGAUGUCCUUUUACAACUUAAAAUCUGAGACAUGGCGUUUUCUUUUUGUCACACUGCAUUUAACAGUUCAUGAAGCUGAUGUUAUAUUAAAGUGUGAGUGACAAUAAAUGGACUUUCAUGCUUUUCCAAAUU